GCUGGACUGGAAACUUCUCGCACUGCCAUCCAGAUCAAAAGGAGAUUCUUCAUCUCUCUCGGUUUCAAGAACCAGAGCAUCAGUAAUCAAAAGACCAACUGAGCGUGUCGACCGAUUUCGCCACAGCUCGCAAGAACCCUGAUUCAAUUCCUUUUCCCAAUCAAGAAACAGAGGAGGAACAAGAAGAAGAAAGAAGCCGCUCGAUUGGAGGCAGAGUUCGAUUCCGAGGAAGACCGGAAGCAGAAAGGGGAAGAGCGAUUGUUCGAUUCGAAAGGAUCUUGGGUGCUCGCAUGUCGCCAGAGAUUGUUGAAAGGAAGAGGAAGUCACGGAGUAGAAGGCAAGGGUCUAUGUCCGUGGCAGAGACAUUAGCAAAAUGGAAAGAAUACAACGACCAGGUCGAUUCGCAGUCCAAUGGAGACAAGCCUAUGCGCAAGGUGCCCGCGAAGGGGUCGAAAAAGGGAUGUAUGAAAGGCAAAGGUGGACCCGAGAAUACGACCUUCAAUUACCGAGGAGUGAGGCAGAGGACUUGGGGCAAAUGGGUUGCUGAAAUCCGAGAGCCAAACCGAGGGAAUAGGUUGUGGCUGGGCACGUACCCAACUGCAAUCGAAGCCGCUCUGGCUUAUGAUGAAGCUGCGAGGGCAAUGUACGGUCCGUGUGCCAGGUUGAAUCUGCCCGACGUGUCUCAUCCUAUGUCUUUCGGCGAUUCAGCUGUUGCAGCCACGACACCGGUGGGCACUACUAGUUAUUCGGCUGGUACCCCGAGCACAGGCUAUUCGGCAGGCACCCCGAGCGAUACCACAGCAUCUUCGAGUCAGUCUGAAUUGACUUGUGGCCCAGAGGUUAAGGACGGCGAUUGGGAGGGCGAGAUUUCGAAUGCGGAUGGUGGAGAGAUGGAGCCCAAGAACGAAUCCAAUGUCGAUUUCGACUGGCUUAGUGACUACCCAGUGGACGAGCUGUUCGAUGUGGACGAAUUGUUAAGGGCUUUGGAGGAUGACCCGAAGUUCUCCACCGAUGUCAAGAUGGAGCAGUAGAACAUUUAGAACACAAUAGUUAGAAGUGCAUAUGAAGACGGUAUUGACUUUGUUCUUUCACUGACAGAAAUUGAAUAUCUUUUAUCUGAUCGGACAAUUACGUUUUUAGGAGUGAAUUGUCUGGGUGGUUUCUGAGUAAUGGUUUGGUUUGCUUUUUGUAAGCUGAACUCUGUAAUUGUGAACUGUACAGUGGAAGACU